AUGGCUUCCAAACUAGCGCCUGCCAUCAAGCCCUUCCUCCGAGGGCACCAGCACUCCCUCCCCGCUAAUGGUCACGGCGCCUUCAUCCCUCAAAUCCGAAAAUUGGUCUUCGAGUUCUGUGACAACUGGACUUCCUCGGCCAACCUCCGCACAUACAUCCACAAUCACCUCGAGCACGUCGCACGCGCAAACCCCCAUGUAGAGUUCGUGGUCAGGCGGAGGAGCUGUCGCGAACCUGUCAUUCGCGGUUUCUACAUCAACAACCGGGACAAGGUCGUUGGUCUCAAGGACUUUGAGGUCACCGGGAUUGAGAAGAAAGUCCAGCUUUUGCUCGACUCUUCUGGUGCGAAGAUCAAGCCUCUCAAAAGGCUCACGGUCGAGAGCAGGACGGAGGCACCGAGGGGUAUCUGGAGCGGGCUGCAUGUCGAAGAGCCGUUCAGGAUAUGA